GCCGCGGACGCGAGUGUGCUGUGCGUCGUAGCCGGGGCUAGAGACCCGCUUACUAAGCCUUAGUUUUCUCAGCUGUGAAAUGAAACCCGGUUUAGCACCUCCUGUAGGGUUGCUCGUGACAAGAAACUGGCACCUUCUCGGAGACUAUCAAGGUAGCCCACUGGAGAGGCGCCCUGAGAACCCUCCCAGAAUGCCCUGUGUGCUGCCCGCAGGAGACUCGGUCUUCCAGAAGGCCAUGCGAGCGGCCGUGAAGAGGCGACUCGGUCUCCCAUCGUGCCCAGCGAGGGGGCUCCCCAGACUCCCAGAGUGCCCCGCGGGAGGCCUGGUGGCGACGCCACCACUAAAAGCAACUGCGUCUGCAAUGACCACAACCUGCCGAUCUCCCCGAACGGGACGUGUCGGCUUCUUACCUGCUGUGGGGCGGCGGCGCGAUGGACAGCCCGGAGGUGACCUUUACGCUGGCUUACCUGGUCUUCGCCGUAUGCUUCGUGUUUACGCCCAACGAGUUCCACUCGGCUGGGCUCACGGUGCAGAAUCUGUUGUCCGGCUGGCUGGGCAGUGAGGACGCCGCCUUCGUGUCCUACCACCUGCGCCGCACGGCCGCCACACUGCUGUGCCACUCACUGCUGCCACUCGGCUACUAUGUGGGCAUGUGCUUUGCAGCCUCAGAAAAGCAGCUCUACUCUCCCAGCCAGGCCUCAGAGGCCUGGCAGCUCUUCCUCAUACUGGCUGUGGCACUUCCCUCUGCUGCCUGCACUCUGAUCUACUACUGGUCCCGGGACAGGUGGGCCUACCAUCCGCUGGCCCGCACCCUGGCCCUCUACGCCCUCCCGCAAUUGGGCUGGCGAGCUGUCGCCUCAUCCAUCAACACUGAGUUCCGUCGUAUUGACAAGUUUGCUACUGGGGCGUCAGGUGCUCGUGUAAUUGUGACAGACACAUGGGUGAUGAAGGUGACUACAUACCGUGUGCAUGUGGCCCAGCAGCAGGACGUGCACCUGAUUGUGACAGAGUCUCGGCAGCACGAGCUCUCGCCAGACUCAAACCUGCCUGUGCAGCUGCUCACCAUCCACGUGGCCAGCAUCAGCCCUGCUGUGCAGCCCUUUGAUAUCCGGCUGAAUUCUACAGAGUAUGGCGAGCUGUGUGAGAAGCUCCAGGCCCCCAUCCGUAGCGCGGCCAAUGUGGUCAUCCAUCAGAGCCUGGGCGACCUGUUCCUGGAGACAUUUGCCUCCCUGGUGGAGGUCAACCCGGCUUACUCCAUGCCCAGCAGCCAGGAGCUGGAGCCCUGCAUUGGCUGCAUGCAGACUCGAGCCAGUGUGAAGCUGGUGAAGACCUGCCAGGAGCCAGCCAUAGGGGAGUGCCAGCAGUGCUACUGCCGCCCCAUGUGGUGUCUCACCUGCAUGGGCAAGUGGUUUGCCAGCCGCCAGGACCCCCAGCAUCCUGACACCUGGCUGGCCAGCCGUGUGCCCUGCCCCACCUGCCGGGCACGCUUCUGCAUCCUGGAUGUGUGCACUGUGCGCUGAAUAUCACUACAGGGUUGGUGGGGCCUCUGGGGAUCUGAGCCCGGCUCUGUCUCCAGCCAGCUGCUUUCGGGAGCAGCUGGUGUCCUGGGUCCCUGCCAAAGGCUCAAUGCCAGGCUCACCACCUGCAUCCCUCUUCCCAGGGCAUUCAGCACCUUUUAUGCUGACCUGCCUCUGGGUGGGACAGGUGUUCCACAUUGAGAUCUCCAGGGCCCAGGACCCCUGAAUGGCCUUCACCUGUCACUCUGCCUUAAUUUUUAUGGAGCAUAUUUGCUCUAAAUUAUAAGCCACACCCACAUCUGCUCUCCAGUCCUGGCCACUUACUGACACACAGGCCAGCCUGGUCACUUACUGACACAGAGGCCAGUAAGGAGGGCCAGUAAUGGGGGGACUUGGGGUGGAGCCUGGCAGUAGAGGGGGGAAUGGGGUGUCACUCCUGUGUGCUGGCCCAGCCUAAGGCUUCCUGGUGGCUGCAGGAAAUUGAGGGGCCACCUCAUUCAGGAAGCAGGUGUGACAACCUGGGGACAGGCUAGGUGGUUCUUGAACCUUUAUGGGACUCAUUCAGUGCCUGGAGGUCCUCAUUGUGCACUUGGUGCCUUUUCCUGCUCCUACAGGCCACAGAAGGCCAAAGCCUCAAGACUCCUGGCCCAGGGCAGGGGUGGGGCGGAGUGUAAAGGUGUUGCAGGACUAAGGCCCUGGGUGCCACGGCAACACCUAGACCUAUGUCUUCUGGGAGGGUGUUGAGCUUGAGGCCUACAUCUCCCUAGCUCAGGAGAGGAUGUACCCAGUGAUGAAGCCUCUGAUGGGCACACUGUCAGCUCCAUAUGGUGCAGGUGGGAGACACUGGGCACAGCUGUGACACUUCACUGCAUGUUAGGUGAGCCCAGCCUGCCUCUACUUCCCACCUGCACCUGGCCCUAGGCAAGCUCACAGGUCAGUUCUGGGGGUGGGGUGGGGUACCUGGGGCACUGCUGUGGGAGCCCUGGAGUCAGCAGAGUUUUGGGGACUCUCUAGGAGGGGUUAGGUUCAUUAGGGUUCGUUUUUCCAUAAGUUAAAUUAGUUUUGUAAAUAAAAAUGUAGCUAAAUAAUACAGUAAUAAAAGAUUACUGCUAA